AUGAUCGCGUCUCGUCUGUCCGUGAAGCCCGCCCCCGCCUCCGUGGCGGCGGCGCGCACCUCGGUGCGCGCCAAGGCUGCUGACCGUCCGACGUGGUACCCGGGGGCGACCCCGCCGAAGAGCCUGGACGGGACCAUGCCGGGCGACUACGGCUUCGACCCCCUCCGCCUCUCCGGCAACCCGGAGCUGCUCAAGUGGUACCAGGCCGCUGAGCUGCAGAACGGCCGCUGGGCGAUGGCGGCGGUGGCGGGCAUCCUCUUCACCGACCUGGUGUCGGACAAGAACUGGUGGGAGGCCGGCACGGAGACGUACGCGCUGGACUUCACGACGCUGGUGAUCAUCCAGGGCGUCGUGAUGUCGGUCUUCGAGGCCGCGAACUUCAAGAACCUGCAGGAGGGCAAGACGCCGGGCGUGCUCGGGUCGCCCUUCGACCCCGCGGGCAUGAACAGCCCCGAGAUGGCGCUCAAGGAGAUCAAGAACGGCCGCCUCGCGAUGGUCGCGUUCAUCGGCUUCUGCUCCGUCGCCGCCGUCCGCGGCCAGGGCCCCAUUGACGCCCUGGCGACGCACCUGGCCGACCCGUACAACAACAACCUCUUCACCUCCAAGGUCGGCCUCGAGGCCACCGUCGGCGUGUGCGCGCUCUCCAUCGCGCCCAUGAUCAUCAACGCCUUCGUCGCGCUCCGCCCCGACGACGACGAGGAGUUCCGCCCCAUCCCCUGGUGA